AUGACCGCCCUCAAACUUGUCCUAGAAAUAUGUGUCGUAUUUGGAUUUCUUUGGUUGAAGAGUGUAUCAUGUCAAAUGACAGACGCUGUUUGUGAAUCGUCAGCCUGUGAAGAGUGCUUGGUGUCGGAUGCAGACUGUGUUUGGAGUCAAAAGAAAAGGCACUGCAUGACUUCGUGUGAUGGUUUUCCCGACGUCGACUGCUACUUUCCUCGAAUGUUCGGCUCUUCUAACACCGAUCGAGAAGAAAUAUGCUUGGUGGCAGAGGAGCUUCAUGAUGACAACAACAUUUGCUUUCGACAGAAGGACCGAACUAACUGCCUUCGUGACACGGGCUGUGUCUGGCUUGGAAGUGUCGUGGAAGACGGAGAGAAUGAGUUCUUCUGCGUGCUACACCUCGAGUCCACCAACAUGACCCAACAAGAACUGGACAAUUCCUUUUAUUUCGAACAGCAGGUCUUAUCAUCUGCCAACAAGGCAUGGGGUCAAGCCGCCAUGGUUGCCUUGGCGUCGUUCCUGACUGUGGCACUGAUAGAAAUUAGAUCUCAAUAG